GUUGAAUUCGGAACUGAUUCUAACGGCGUGGUCGUGCUGGUGUUGCAAAGGUACUUACUACAGCAUGAAAAUGUAAAAUGGAAUUCAUUGUAGCGAACCACGAGGUAAUAUAGAUCGGACAAGAACAAAAACUCGAAGUAAGAAAUGUCCGCCCCGGCCGCACCGCCUCCCGCGGAGGGCGCCGCCGCGGACCCGGCGGCCGCGGCAGAAGCUAUUGAUUGCAAAAAUGUCUGGGUCUGGAAGACUGUCAUGCAUAUUUUGCAAGACCCCUGACGCCAGUAUUGUAUGCCCUAGCAUCACAGAUUUUUUGAGGGCUUCCUGAUGCCUUCUAUACCGCAUGACAAAUGCCCUCCCCGCGAAGCACAAACUGGACCCCUAUUGCUUUUCAUGCAAUUCAGAUUUUUUAGAACAAUCCAAGGACAGCAUGAUCACAAGUUGCAACCUUCCAGACAUCCAGGGAUAUUUGCAUUUGAUAGAAGCGGCGAAGAAACAAGAGGCCGAUGCCGUGGAAAUGAUGAAGGCAAAAAUAUCGACCGGAAAAACUUUUGGUGGACAGCACUACUGCAGAACGAGUUCUAUUGUGCCGAGAAGAUGAUCCUUGCGAUGCGGUUUUUUCGGUCUCCGAUAAUUUGGCAUGUAGUUCAGGAGCACGACCAUCAACGGCAAAUUUACAUUGAUUUUUGUUGUUCAUUGUCCAUAUUUUUUUAAUGAAAAAAACAUCGACCACGACUUCUUGUUGCCAUCGCAACAAGAACCCCCAGUUGUCAACACGUAGACAGGAAAAGAAGAAGAACCGUAAGAACAGGCAUGAAAGUCUCUGUCUGCUAUGGUGCUGUACUGCUUUUCCACCGGAUAAUAAGCCCGGGUGAACCAGAAGGAGGUGCGGUCACGUCGGUUUCGGGACAGCACGACGGAAAACAUACCACCGAGUUACAAGUCCAAUUCCCCAAAAGAAGACCUGCUGCUGCAGCAUGUGUCAGAAUUCGAGCAGCAGUUCCUGUCGGUAUGGAAUUAUAUUGGAAGUUGCUUCAUCUACAGCUUUUUUACACUUUGACUUGUUUCACUUCAUGCAACUAUUUCAUCGACUCAUGCCAGCACUUGCGUUUCUUGUUGGCAAUCCGACCACCCGUUGUACGAAUAGAGUUGCUUGCAUGCCAUGUGUGGGUUGUGACAGGUAAUUUUAUCCAGGUCGAUUUAAGUAUCAAAAUCAAUUAUUAUCUUCGGUUCUUUUUCUUUAUCGCAGCUACUUACGGGGGUCGAGGUCGUGGAAGUAAAGACUAUUAAAAUCUUCUCUCCGACUAGGUAGGAGGUGGAAAAUCAACUUUCUCACCAGGUGUACGGGAACCGUUUUCUUUUCCUGUGUCCCCCGAACGAGUGCGACGUGCCGAAAUUUCUGCCCACGACCAUAAAACCCACGCACUUGCCGUACCAAGAACUGUAUGAGUACCAGACCUGCGCGGACUACGUGGCGGACCGACUGAACUACGAGGAAUUGAUUCCCGUGGACAAGUAUGGAUUGCAAAUAUGUCUGGGUCUGGAAAAUUGCUGAGGUUUGUGAUGCUGUGUCUGCUUGACACAGAAGCAAGGUGUGCCAUGCAAGGCCUAGCGUCACAGGUUUUGAGACGGUUUCCCAAUGCUUAAUCCGCAUGACAAACGCCUUCCUUCGGCGACAGGAAAAGGAACGCCCUUUGCUGUCUAAGCAUAACAGAUUUUUGUGUGAUCCAAGUAUGCGUCACAAGUUCGCACCCUUCCAGACCCAGACAUUUUUGCAUUUGAUAACAAGUACCCCAAGGUAAUCCCGAGUCCAACCACGGUCUUGGACUGGCGAGCCGGGGACUCCUUUAUCCAAGAAAAAAACUGUGUAAGUGUAAGUUUGUGUUGCAGAAAAUGCAAAACUGUUACACUUGUCAUGCUGGACAUGCAUCAGAGGCAAUUUUCGUGCGUGUUUUCACGUACUAGCCACGCAUGACAGGUUUUCUGUGUUAUGCAGAGCAAACUUGUGAUGCUAUUCCUCAAAGAAACUUACACUUACACAGUUUUUUGCCUGGAUAUCCUUCGACUUUAGCAUAAUAUCUAUGCAAGAUGGAUAUCUGUACUCUCAAGUUGAACUACAACCCGUGCGCUGAAAAUUGUCAUGCUGGUAGUUGUACAUGUACAUCACCAAAAUCACAAAAGGAUGAGGACCCUCACGGUAGCGAGAUGUCGUGCUUAGGCGAACGACAGCACAGCAGGCGUUGACUCGGAGGUCCUUUUGUCAACAUAUCCACCAGAUGCUGGUGUUUAAAAGUAUGUGGAUGCAAGCUAGUAAAUGAGCUUGUUUUAUUUUUUCACCGCCCGGGGCGGAAAAGCGGAUGUUUGCAUUGCAUAUUCCUAUGUUCGAUGCUGAUCGGAGUUGGGUACGACGCCUACUGCGUUUCCGGGUUUGCGCCACGGUAUUAAGAAAGUAGAUUUUGAUGUACCGAGUGUAUAAUAUGCAUGAUUUAGGAUUUGAAUAUGGAAUGUUUGUGUUGCACCAAGCAAUGAAUCAGCCACGUCAAGAACAUCAUUUAUUUAGGAUGGAGAAGGAUUAGAAAAUUAUGCAACAAGUGAAAAAACAAAAGGUUUAUCGCUACGAAGUGUGAAACUAUGGAGCACUGCGCCGUCGAACUGGCGGUGUUGGACGAGCGAAACGAGAUCGUUCCCUCCGGGUCUUUAUGCAUUGCAAAUAUGUCUGGGUCCUCUGGAACAAGAUGAGUGCAAGUUUCUCAUGCUCGGCUGGCAUGUUGACUCUUAAAACUCAGUCUGUGAUGCAUGAGCAGGAAAAGAUCCUCUUGCCUGCCAUGCAAGAACACAGUUUUUCAUGCGCAAAACGAAAGACAGAGCAAGUAGAACGAAAACUUGUCAUGCUUGGCUGCGUCUACGAGUGCGCCUACCAUUCACAGAUUUGCAUCACAACUAUCCAGACCCAUACAUGUUUGCAUUUGAUAGUCUUCGUCCAGCAGCUCUAGCUCCAAGUCCGCACCGAAGACAGAGGGCAUCCCGAAACGCCCGCCCUUCAACAAGUCGGGUUUUAUAACGGAGCAGACGGAUAAGGAGAGGCUUGAGGCAAAAAGGAAGUAUGACUAUCGUGAGAAAAAAGUGUUACAGUUACACAUUUGUUGGAGUUUCUGCAUCACAAAUUUUCUCUGUGUGGCAGAGAAGACUUGUAAUGCGAAGAUCAUAAGGGAAAACAGGAAGGAAACGAGGCUCCCAAGCAUUUCCUGCAUGAGAAAGGUCGUCUGUGUUGCCGGUCUUGCAACACAAUGUGUAACUGUAACACUUUUUUCUUGCGAUAAUGACGAGGCCAUGUGCAGUGACAGCGACGACGAAGAGGUAAAAUAUUUUUGAGACUGAUAUGACCUGCUCAAACGUUACAAUCUCAAGCGUUACAAUAGAAUCUGAGACUUGUCUUGCAUGAUCAACGUGACAGACUCGGACAGCAUUCCACUUUCUGCAAUACAAAUUUCGCCAGAUUGUAUUGCGGAUUGGGACUCCAGAACUUGUCAUGCGUAAUCCUGUGGGAGUAGGGUAGAUCAUGCACUUCUUGCAACACAAAUUCAUUCUAUUGUAACGUUUGAGAUUGUAACACCUGAGCAGGUUAUAACUGAAAUAGCGCUCCUAACUAGGUUGGUUUGCCUCUGCUCAUUGUGGAAUUAUGUGAAAUCUCUCAUAUAAGUUGUGGUUCCUAUCUUUCUUAUUUGUCGAGAAUGGAAUCUUAGGGGAGUGAAGAACAUCAAUAUUAAAUGAAUGUUUUUUUAUUAGGACAUGCCCGAGGAUGCCGGCCAGCGCGUGCACUGCUGGGUGCUGAUUCGGCAGGGGCUGCGGGGAAUGACAGAAGAUAUCUACAUCGAGUGCUCCACCGGCAGGUGUUACAAAGUGGCGGACUCCCCGUAUCUCAAGGUCGACCUGGUCUGGAACCACAAAAACCUGUGGGUGAACUAUCCUGCGUGAAAACGUCCCCACCCCAGAGUUGUCAUGCAAAUCUGCAUGCUGACAAUGUUUCUCAUGCGGAGCCCCAUGAGAAGCAUUUUCCAUUUGUGUUUUGGAAUUUGUCAUGCUCCAAUCAGCAUGAUAUACUAGAUCUGUGAUGCUGCUGAGCUAGCUCAAACAGCACUUCUGCAACAUGAGUCCAGAUUUGUCAUGCAAAACAGCCAAAACUUGUGGAUUUGUCUAGCCGAGUCCCCAUCUUGACUACAUCAGUGUGGGGACGUUUUUACAUAGGAUAUGAACAUGCAGAGCGAGAUUCCCGCGUCCGAAAUCUCGCUGAACCUGAACGAUCCCAGGUUUUACGAGUAUCGUAUUUAAAAACGUCCCCACCCCAGAGUUGUCAUGCAAGUCUGCAUGCUGAAAAUGUUUCUCAUGCGGAGCCCCCUGAGAAGCAUUUUCUAGUCGUGUUUUGGAGUUUGUCAUGCUCCAAUAAGCAUGAUAUACUAGAUCUGUCAUGCUGCUUCACUACCUCAAACAGCACUACACUACGGUGCCAAACUUGUCAUGCAAAACAGCCAAACCUUGUGGAUGCAUGUGUCUAGCCGAUUCUCCAUCUUGACUAUGGGGUGGGGACGUUUUUACAUGGGAUAACGAGUACGUGCUGGUCACUGCGGAUCAAGCGGGCGAUGAGGGGGGAGACUCGGAGGAAGCCAAGGAGGACGAGGAGGGCGGUGACCUCGGUGCCGGCGACGCCGGGGACCAGGCUAUCAUACAGAAAAAAGCAAGCAGGGCAUAUAUAACUAAACAAAAAAAUUGCUAUGGGCGAGCACAUACCAUGCUGUUCCGUUACGCAGUGCGCGACUUUUCUGUGUGUUUUUUUUGCGUUACAAAUAUGCCUUGCCUGGCUUUUUCUGUGGGAUACAGGCGGACAAAAACAAGGAAAAAGUCCAGUACCUGGACAACCCACCGAGCUGGAGCAAAAAGAUUGGUAUACUAUAUGAGUGCAGGAGAACUGAGCUGUAGGAGAUCUAUGCAGUGGGUUUGUUAUUUUUGUAGCUGUAUGCUCCAAGUCUGGGAGCAUACAGCUACAAAAAUAACAACUCAAUGGUUUUACAGCCUCUGCUUCUGGCAGAAGAAGAGGCUGUAAGAACUAACAUGAAAUUAAAUGACUUUCAAAAUCUAUUUGGAAAAAAUAAACUCUUUGUACAGAAAUCACGCCAGCGGAUUUUCAAGCGCGGUACUACCACGGCGAAAAGGUGUCGUACUACAUGAAAUCAAAAGUCGAGCGGUAUUCCCCCUACACGCAGGUGGACGGGGUGGUCCGACGGGUGACCCUGUUCAAGGACGUGAGGAGAAUGCGCCCGAAGCUGGUGGAGGAGCUCUUCCAGUUUCGAAACGACAAGCUCGUCAGGAGGCUGAAGCACCCCUUUGAGAACAGAGCGGUCGAGUCGUUUCUCACCGGCAGAAGUAACGCCCUCAAAGAAAUCGAAGAGGUAAGUAGAAGAUUUUUGGCGGGAUUCAUUUUUCGUCCGGUGCUGUGAAAAUUGUUGCAUCUCGUUGACCAGCAAUAAAGUGAAGAAGUGCUUUCGAUGCCACGAUCCGCGUCAACUGUCUUUUUACUACAGAGACGUAAUCUCUUUGCGCAAGAUGAAUCGUGUGAUGUUGAAAUCCAGCAAAUUCACUAACCCCGCCCCAGGUAUUUGGCUCCAAGCGGAUUCUGACGUAUUACCCGAGUUCCAGGCUCGACGGGCUAGAGAAAACGACGGAAGAAGUGGGAAAAAAAGUCUGUGAAUACUUCCAAGCGCGCGACGACAGAUUGAUCUACCACUCCGUCAAACUCGGGCCCACCGACCCCUUGCAAGCCGGGAAGCAGCCCACAAUACACGUUGAGGGGAUCGGUGUUUACUAAGAUGAUUAGCUUUGUACCUUUUUUGCUUGGGUGACUGUAUCCGGAGUGAAUGCAGCUGCUCCAGAGCGAAACGACAAAUGGUCAUGCAACUACGUAGUUCUUACCAACAAAUUGAAAUUUCGUCCCCUAUCACAGGUGAACUAGCCAUCAUCAAGAUGACGCUGAAAUACAGCAGGAGAGGGGAGCAGGAAAUGAAGCCCGGAUUCGCGCAGGAACCAAUAUCAGACACGACAACUCACGAUCCCAGCCGAAUGCCAUUCGUUUCUGACAGUCAGAUUAUCAGUCAGAGAUGUAGAAAAUAAAGUGCUUUGUUAUCUUUUUUUGCAUGAUCACAGGUCGUGGCGGCUCGACCUACUUGCUCCAAGCGACGCAACCACAAAGCAUGUAGAUGUCAUCUUCGAAAAAGCAUUUUUUACUGGCUUGCAAUGCCCUAUUAAGUAAGUACUUUGAUGUGCAACUGCACAAGAAGCGAACUGGCAGGGCAACUGUAGGUGAAAAAGUUGUCGCGCAGGAUAAGGAACGCCGGACUACCACAAAAUUGUGUUCUACGUGUCGGAGGGGAAAAUCCGGGCUGACCUGCACGGCCCCCGGUCGAAGAUCGUCGACGAGUCGCUGGUCUACAUCAAGGAAGACAACCAGCUGCGGCCCCUGUCCGCGCCGACGGGGAGGCUGUCAGACAAUCAACUGCGGGAUUUGAUUCAACUCGAGAAGAACUCGAAGGUUUCCUUUCAGGAUAUAGCCUGCUCAGGUGUUACAAUCUCACACGUUACAAUCGAAUCUGGAAUUUGUGUUGCAAGAAGUGCACUGCCUAGCUUACUCCCAUAGGCUUGCGCAUGACAAGUUCUGGAGUCCCAAUCCGCACUACAAUCUGGCGAAAUUUGUAUUGCAGAAAGUGGAAUGCUGUCCGAGUCUGUCAUGCUCAUCAUGCAAUACAAAACCCAGAUUCUAUUGUAAGGUUUGAGAUUGUAACGUUUGAGCGGGUCAUACAGGACGUGGUGUCAAAGAUCUACGGGGAGUAUGGGGCGCGGAGAAAAGAAGAAAAUUUGAUCAAGGUGGUCUACUUAUAUCAACUGUAAAAAUGUCUGGGUCUGGAAGAGUUCAUGUUUGUCAUGCUUGUCUGGCAUGACUCUUAAAUCUGUCAUGCACGUUACCCAAGAGCUCCGUUUUUCUGUGAUGCAGAAGCGCAGUUUGUCAUGCAGAAUAGGCAACACCUAGGAGCUCAGAAACUUGUCAUGCUGAGCCAGGAUUUGUAGCGUCAUCAUGAGACGCCACCCAGCAUCACAAGUUCCCAGACCCAGACCACAUUUUUACUUUUGACAACUUACUUGCUUCGACAACCUAGUAGAAAGAUCGAUUUUCCAACGUCCUGUGUCCUUGCACUACCAGAAGUACAACUAGCGCUGGGCGUUCUAGGUCUCUUUGUUUUCAUCAUCUCGAGAUGAUGAAAAUGAAAAACUUAAAAAAUCUGAACCACAGGUGCACCGUAAAAAGGAGCCGGGUAUCGAGAAGGAGCCCGUGCUCGAAAAGUCCGUAUACGACAUCGCCCGGACCAGGGCAGAAGAGGAGGAGCAGGUGCAGGCAGUCACCAAAAAAGAGGAUGAUAGCAUGCCAACCGACCAGCCAGACAGCAAGGUGGACUUCUUGGCCAGGUACAGAAUUGAUUUAUGUGACAGAUGUAGGUCAUUAUAGUUGGCGCAACGUGUUGUUUUAGUUGCUUUUUUUCUGGUGCAGCGCAUCAUGAUCUUGCGUUCGUUUUCAUCUUAGUGCCUGAAUUCUUAGUUAGUUGCACUUAACUACUCGCUACUACUUGUGCAUCGACAUGAAGAAGAAAAUGAAUCGAAGUGUGAUGUUGCUAAGUGCUUUGUUCGUCGAAGAAUGUAUUAGAGGUAAACAAACUGCUGUGUAUAAAUCAGGUAUCUGGUCGACUUAUCGAAUGUAAAAAUGUCUGGGUCUGGAAGGUUGGAACUUGUGAUGCUGCAUUUGGAUUCCAGAAAAAUCUGUAUUGCAUGAGUACCAAAAGGAAUGUAUUUUUUGCGACGCGGAGAGGGCAUUUGUCAUGCGGAAUAGGCAUCAAGAAGCUCCGAAAAAAUCUGUGAUGCUAGGGCAUGCAUCACAGACAUCAGGGCUCAUGCAAAACGUGCAUGACAAGUGUCGGAAUGUUCCAGACCCAGACACUUUUACAGUUGAUACGACUUCCAAGGAAAAGCGUUGGACGCCCUACAGGCCGAGUUUGUCGCCAAAAAGUGCAAGAACGACUUCCGCAAACGACUCCCUAUCAGAUGCAAAUAUGUCUGGGUGGUCUGGAAGAGUGGAAAACUUGCCAUGCAGGUUUUCCAUGGCUCAUGAGGUCUGGGAUGCAGGACCACCUAGUGUGACAGAUUCUGUGAGAUCUCUAUCAUGCCUGCUUAUCCCACAAAGGAAAUUAUAUGCCGCUUUCAAUUUCGUCAAAAGUUAACCACUUGUGGCAAUCUUGCAACACAGAGUCUUGCACGAUCCAGACGUAGCAUGAGAAGUUGCAGCGUUCCAGAGGCAGGACCCCAACAUAUUUGCAGUUGAUACGCCUGGACCGGGCGCAGAUCAUCCAAAGGAGGCUGGAAACGGAGCAGGAGAACUUGAAAAAGAAGAGAGCACAGAUGCUAUCAAAAGGAAAAAUCCCCCCUCCCCAUAUCGAAAUGGAAAUCUGUGAUGCGGGUUUUGUGUACACAAAUCGGAUUUGUCUUGCAGUAGAGGACUGCAAACAGAUACAAAGCCGGAGUAGGGGCGUUUUUGCGUAGGCACUUAGCAAGGCAGGCAUAUCCUCCGUAGGCCAUACAGCAUUACAAAUUGCCGGCAGAACGCGGCCAGGUCUUUGGAUUUGCCUUCUGGCAAUACAGAGACGAUCUAUGGCCUCAAAUCUGCAUCACAACUUUUCUGAAGUAUCCCGCUUUGGUAUGGGGAGGGGGGAUUUUUUCUUACCAUAGAUGCAGAGAAGAGGCGGCGACAACGUCGAGAAGGUACAAAUAAUAAUAACUAUGCAGAAAUGAGUCAGCGGUGGCCUAUUAUUAUAAUCUAUAGGGGGCCGCUUAGAAAAUUUUUCUAAGAGAAAUUGCUUAGGCGGUACCACUUAAGAGAGCUCCUUAAGAGAGCUCCUUAAGGGAGCGCCUUAAGAAGUUUCCUCAAGAAGCUUCCUGCAGGACGGACGUAGCUUGCUUCAGGAAACAGCUCGAGCCGUGCCCGUGCUCGCUGUCGCUGGGAAAAUGUCACGCCCUUGUGGCCAGGGCACGAGAUUUCGCGUACUCCAAAAUCUCACGUCCUUGUGGCCAGGGCAUGAGAUUCCGGGCUCCGAAAUCUCAUGCCCUGGUGCCGAGGGCAUGAGAUUUUGCCUGCUCCAAAAUGAGAAUCUCAUGCCCUUGUGGCCGGGGCAUGAGAUUCCGGGCUCCGAAAUCUCAUGCCCUUGUGCCGAGGGCAUGAGAUUUGGCCUGUUCCAAAAUCUCGCGUCCUUGUGACCAGGGCAUGAGAGUCCGGGCCCCGAAAUCUCAUGCCCUGGUGCCGAGGGCGUGAGAUUGUGACUGCUCCAAAAUCUCAUGCCCUUUUGGCCAGGGCAUGAGAUUUUGCCUGUUCCAAAAUCUCACGCCCUUGUGGCCGGGGCAUGAGAUUCCGGGCUCCGAAAUCUCAUGGAUGCCCUGGUGCCGAGGGCAUGAGAUUAUGACGGGAAGAGGCGGCCACAACGUUGAGAAGGUACAAAUAUGAGUUUAUAUUUACGUGUUUUGAGAAAACAUGGCUACCAAUCUAUCACCCCCAUCGGGUUUCUUGCGCACGACAGGGUGGUCGCAUGAUCUUGCGUGUUUUUGCACCGCUGGGUGAGUUGUGUAUCACGCAAAAGAUAUAAUUGCAUUUGAUUUGUUUCCUAUUGUCCUCAAAGAUGAUGUGUCCACACGCACCACAGGACGAGCGACAGUUCGAGCAGUUUCAGUCGCAGGCGAUGUUUAGGAUCCAGAUCCUGGAGCAGCGGCUGGCCAGGCACGAGAUGCACGCGGUCAAGAAGUUCGUCGAACUCGAGAACGCGCUCGCGGAAGACCCACGGCUGUCUGCCAUGUGGCAGAAAAAGUAAGCGAACAGCUUGCUGGUCUUCAGCCAAAGCGUCACGAGAGCACAGCAGGGUUGUCUCUUCGGGGACCUCGCGAUGUUGAAGCAAGAAUCUGUAAUGAGCACAGGCUCUGAAGACCUCUCUGACCAAAAUUAUUACCCAAUUACUUAUUCGAAAUAAACUACUUGUCAUUCCUACAGAACCAAUUUAUUAUCGUGUUUCGCAAGAAGAAGAACAGAAGAUAGUGAAGAAAGAAUGUGAUUAACAUUGUAGCAAGGUUAUGGUUAUGGAAAUACUACACAGCAAAGUGCUGCGGCACUGGAAGGAGGGCGAUGUUACCUAUCGCCUGCGUCAUUCGAGAGAAAUGUUGUUGACAGCAGCACAGAUUGGUGAUUUCCUCGCACCAACAGAUAUGUUUCAGCCGGAACGACCGGCUGAAAUAAGACGGAACAGCACCGGUGCUUCGUUUCAUUUCUAACAGCGAUAGGCAAGCGUGAGUAUCGAUUAGUAGACGACAAGAUUGGCAGCUUAGGAAGAAAUGCAUUCUGUACACCAGAUUCGAUUUGAAUGAAAAUGAGGAAGCCACUGUAUCUUAGAAACGGAAGUACUCCACCAAAAAUGCAGCAGUGCGAAGAGAAGAAAUGCAAGAAAGAAGCAAUAUGCUGCAUUUGAAGCGCGCAAGAGCUCGAGUGCCUGAC